UGGGUGGUGUCACGUGAUCAUAUCUUUACACGAUCGUAGUCUUUCCGGCUUCUCCAACCAGGCUAUUGUGUUGGAGAAUUAGAUACAUUUUUAUUUUAAGUAAAUCUGUGUGAUUUUGAAGCACUCAACUCCAUAAAAUGGCUAGUAAGUCAAAGUAUAUAACCUGUUUUAAUCAGUUUAAGUAUUUAAAUAAUUAAGUUACUCGUGUUAAUCAUGUAUUUCAAAUUAUCUCAAUCAACGGCAUCUAGUCAAUGUGAGAAAACACGACAAACGUCUUAGUUACUCCAUCUGUUAUGUUUACGUGGCCAUUUUAUAUGACUAUAUUUUAGAACACUACAUAAUUUAAUACCUUUAAUUAAACCUAUAUUAUUCUUUUAAUGUUGUAUUACUUUUAACUUUCCUAUUCAACUAUUUUAGUUCGAUUCCUUGAGUUUGUGAAACCUUUUUGUGUUGUUCUUCCUGAGAUUGCCAAGCCAGACAGGAAGGUAAAAAUUAUGUUUCUUAGUUAGACUUUUAGACUAUGCAUCAUUAUCUUUCCACUGAUAUUUAAAUAUACAUUAAUUUACACAAGAGCUAUAGGCCAAGAUCUAAAUAUAUAUAUUGCCCAAUAAAUAGGACAAAUCAAAUAUGUUGACUGCCUGCUACUGCUGCAGUGCCAGGCCCAUACUUUUUAAAUUCAACCGCAUUAUAAUUAAUAUUAUUGAUUUUUUUCCUUCUCAUUUUUCUCCAAAGUUAUAAAUAGGCCUUACUGUUAGCCCCUCUAUUAACUUAACAUAUUUUGUUAUAUUUAUACAGUAGGUUUAAUUUAAGCCCAAGCAAUUUAGGUUCAUUAGAAUUCAACUUUUUGUGAAUUAUUACAGUAUAGGCCUCCUAGCCUACUACUAAAUUAGAAAUAGUUUUGGAUUGGUACAAGAUGUGGAAAAUGAACAAAUUAUGUAGAGUAGAAUUAUAGUUGUAGCCUACUUGUUCUAGACCAGGUUAUUAAAACUUGGCUUGCCUGGAGCCUGGAAUAUUAUUCAACAAAAGUGAUCAUUAGUGCAUUCCCUUUCAUGAUCCAGAACUAAAACAGUAAUAGUCAAUUACCCUAGUUACUAUAAAUGUCAUUCUUCUGUUUAAAUUUUUUUUGUAAGCUAUAAUCUAUUACAAUAUAAGAAAUAAAAUGAAGUUUGCAGCUAAAGAAUUAAAAGUGUGAUAACUGAUUUAACUCUUUUUUUUUUUUUUUAACUAUAAUUUUCAAUAUGAUAUAAUUUAAGUAUAAUAAUUUAAGUAUAUUUUUGCUUCCUUCAUCAGAUUCAAUUCAGGGAGAAAGUGCUAUGGACAGCCAUCACACUGUUUGUGUUUUUGAUCUGCUGUCAGGUAUUGAACACUGCCUUAUUACAAUCACAAGUUAUUGGUAAAGAAAUGUAUAUUUGAAUAAGUCCAUUUAAAUGGAUAAAGUUUUGUUCUCCUUUAAGUUUGCUUAACAUGUACUGUCUGUUGUAGAUAAUUAUAUUCUCAUUUUCAGAUUCCCUUGUUUGGUAUCGUAUCAUCAGACUCUGCUGACCCUUUCUAUUGGAUUCGUGUUAUCCUUGCCUCCAACCGAGGUGUGCUUUUACUAUUAUUUCGAAGUAUCUUUGUCUGAAAGCUACAUCUUUAUGUGCUUUUUAUACUACAAAUCAUUUCAAUUCUUAUUCUUAAAAGAAUACUAAUUGAAUAUUUUAAAAAUACAUUUAUGAUGUUCUUUGGGUUUUUUUUUACGUACCGUUCAUAAAUAGUUCAUUAUUAUAAUUGUCUUAACAUCUCCAUUGUAUUUAGAAGGGGGGAAAUAAUCAAUAUAGUUAAAUGUAACUGUUAGCUUGUUGUAAAUUCUUAUCUAAAUUUUUUGGGGGGGUUUAUUGUUAAAUGCUAAAUCAUUUUCUCUUUCCUAACAUUUAAAACUAUUUUUAUUUCAGGUACAUUGAUGGAGCUUGGCAUUUCACCAAUCGUUACCUCUUCUCUAAUUAUGCAGCUCUUAGCUGGUGCAAAGAUUAUUGAAGUUGGUGACACUCCAAAGGAUAGGGCCUUAUUCAAUGGAGCUCAGAAAUGUAUGCCUUUCUUUAUAUUCUUUCCGGAUAGAUUUUCCCAUUACAUUAUAAAACUGCUUCUGUCAAUAUAAAUAUUUGUCAAUAUAAAUAUUUGGCAGUAGGUCUUGGUCUGUCAAUAAAAUAAAAAAAUGCAUGUCAUUAACUAUUAUGAGAAAAACUUUGUAGCAUCAAAUAAACCUUGACUACAUCAAGAUAUGAGUUUACAUAGUAGAAUAACUACAAGCUAUUUUGAUUUGUUCUUUGUCAGUGUUUGGUAUGGUGAUUACUGUGGGACAGGCCAUUGUCUAUGUAAUGACUGGUAUGUAUGGUGACCCUGCUGACAUUGGUGCUGGUGUCUGUCUGCUUAUCAUCAUACAGGUAAAAUUUCAUUAUAAAUUAACUCUUAUUUUAACCAUGCUGUUAUUUAAUGCUUCAUUUAUUAUCAGUAUGUGAAAUAAUAAAUCAAUUAUGUUUUGUAAAUUUUGAAUACACACAAAGCUUUAAAUAAAUUGAAAGGACAAAAUUUUAUGUAUAAAAAUACAUCUAAAUGGUAUUCUUACUGUGUAGUUAGAACAAAAAAAAUAAAAAAGUAUUCAAAUUAUAUUGUUUGAUAGAUCUGGUUCUCUAUAUUUGUUUUUUUUUUUUUUAUUAAAAACUGAAAAUUUAGAGAUAAUCUUUUUAUUAGUUGUUAAUAAAUAAGUUUGUUUGUUCUUUUUUAAUUUAAAAAAAAAAUUAGUAAACAAUUUUUUCAAUGCAGCUUUUCGUUUCUGGUAUUGUGGUUUUAUUUGAUAGAUCUGGUUCUCUAUAUUUGUUUUUUUUUUUUUUAUUAAAAACUGAAAAUUUAGAGAUAAUCUUUUUUUUAGUUGUUAAUAAAUAAGUUUGUUUGUUCUUUUAUAAUUUAAAAAAAAAAUUAGUAAACAAUUUUUUCAAUGCAGCUUUUCGUUGCUGGUAUUGUGGUUUUGCUCCUUGAUGAACUCCUACAAAAAGGUUAUGGUCUUGGCUCUGGUAUCUCCUUGUUUAUUGCCACAAACAUUUGUGAGACAAUUGUCUGGAAGGCCUUUAGUCCUGCUACUGUAAACACCGGCAGAGGUAAGCUCACUUAAAAAUACUACAUUUUAGCUUUAUUUUAAUUUUGAAUAUAGAUAUUAAGAAUUGUAUUAAUUAAGAGAUAUGGAUAAAAGAAAACUCUAUUAACAUUGUAUUUAAAUUUACUUAAGUAUUAAAUACCAGUAUAUAUUUUCAGGUACUGAGUUUGAAGGAGCUGUUAUUGCUCUUUUCCAUCUUUUGGCAACUAGACAAGAUAAAGUUAGGGGUCUUCGUGAGGCAUUUUACAGACAAAAUUUGCCAAACUUGAUGAAUCUUUUGGCCACUGUUCUUGUCUUUGGCAUUGUCAUAUACUUCCAAGUAAAUAAUUCUUUCCUUGAAAUUAUUUUACAAUAAUGCUUAAUAAUAGUUUAAAUAUUGGAUUUCUACAAAUAAAAAUCAUUUUUUACAUAUGCUAUUUUUGUAGCAAAGUGGCAUGUUAUGUGACUUAAUUAAUUUUUUUACUGUUUCUGUUUGAAAAAAGCAUUUUUCUCUAAAUCAAUUUGUUCUCCUACCCAGGGAUUCCGUGUGGAUCUCCCGAUAAAAUCUGCAAGAUACAGGGGCCAACAGACGUCUUACCCAAUCAAGCUCUUCUAUACAUCUAAUAUACCAAUUAUCCUUCAGAGCGCCUUAGUUUCUAACCUCUACAUGAUUUCACAGGUUUGACCAUUUUUUUCUAUUACCUACAUGUCUAACUCUUCAAUUAUUGUGGUUUUAUUAUAAACUGUAUGCAACAGAUCUUAAAAAGCUAAUUAAAUAACUGUGAUAUCUCUGAAAGUUUUUGUUUUUUAUUUAAAAUUCCUAUGGUAUAUCAUCAGCAAUUUUUAAUUUGCUUUAUUUAUUAAUAAUUAUUUACUUUUUUUUUUCUCCAGAUGUUGGCAAAUAAAUUCAGUGGCAAUUUCUUUGUCAAUCUUUUGGGAGUUUGGGCUGUGAGUAUAUUUUGUUAUGCUUCAUACCAUGGUAAUAGCAUAAAGGUCUAGAUCUUUUAAUUUAUAAUUGAUAGAUAUAUUUUUAGGGAAAAGCUUUUAACAAAUGUUGGUGUUUGUAGUUAAUCUUGGUAUAACUUUUAAAUCACAUUUAACUAUUUAGGUUAAACAUCUUUUAAAACCUUUUAGUCAAAUGCAUGUACAUCAUUUUUCAAGCCAAUAUAUAUAUUUUUUUUAGGAUGUUGGAGGUGGUGGUCCUGCAAGAUCUUAUCCUAUUGGAGGCCUUUGCUAUUACUUUUCACCACCUGAGACAUUAGGGCAUAUCCUAGAAGACCCUAUUCAUGCUGUCUUAUACAUAGUCUUCAUGUUGGGAUCCUGUGCAUUUUUCUCCAAGACUUGGAUUGAUGUCUCUGGCUCAAGUGCCAAAGAUGUGAGCUAUGUUUACUAUACAAACAAUUAUUUGGUUAGAAAAUAUAUAAAUUUUAAGAAAAUGUUUCAUGUCAUGCACGAAAGAAGUCAUAUUGGGUUAACGUCUAUCUUUUAUUUUGAAAAUUUUCACAGGUGGCCAAGCAACUGAAAGAUCAACAGAUGGUCAUGAGAGGCCAUCGUGAAAAAUCUAUGAUCAAGGAGUUGAACCGUUACAUCCCAACAGCUGCUGCAUUUGGAGGCUUAUGUAUUGGAGCACUUUCUGUUUUGGCUGAUUUCUUGGGUAUGCUUUCUAAAUUAAGUUCUGAAAUAAAAGUUAUGCUGGCUAAUUCAGAGAAAACUUAAAACCUUUGUAUACAAAUGUGUGGAGAUACAUGUAUCAUUAAUCAUUAGAGAACGUACAUGCAGGUUAUUUUGAGCCUUGAUCAUUAAAAAUUGAAUGCAAGACUAUACAAUGACUUACAAGGAUAUUAAUUUAGCUUUUUCAAAUUUAAUCAGUUGCAUUUUAUAUUAAUUUAUCCCUAAUAGUUUACUAUAACUCUUUGAUUACAUGCCUCAAUAAUUUAUUUAUAGGUGCCAUCGGAAGCGGAACUGGAAUCCUUUUGGCUGUGACCAUUAUUUACCAAUACUUCGAAUACUUUGUAAAGGAGCAGAGUGAAAUGGGUGGAAUGAGCACGCUACUCUUUUAAACUUCUGAACUACACCUCAUUUGUUUUGUCUUAUUCUGUGUCAGUGCUAAUAGUACAAUAAAAGAUAUGAUUAAGGAAAAACUCACGAAGAAAAACAAAGUUGAUCUUCUGUUGAUUUGACUGCAUCAGGUUGCAAAAUAAUUCCAGUGAAAGGGUCAACACAACGUUGUUCUGAUAUGAUUUUCUUUUAAAUGAUAAGUGGGGUGUGUGUGUUAAAUUAAGCUAAUGAACCAAUUUUUAUAUGAAAGUCGUCGAAUGUGUACAGCUUUGGGUUAAGAAAAAAAAUGAUUUUUUUAAAGUUAUGUUAUUUUUUUAUCUGCAGGAAAUUUUAUUUGAGAUGCAUGUUUGUAAAAUUUGUGUGAACUGUCUUGUUUGUAGGAUGGUUUAUAGCAUAUGCUAUCUUAUUAGAGACUAUUUCUUGUGAUUAUUAAUAGUUUGUAAAACUAUUUUAACACAUUCAAUCCAAAACCAGUCAAAUGUACAAUCCAUAUGAAUGAAAGAGCUGUGAGCAAUGGCUAUUAGUGGCACCUGAAAGAAUGCUACUGAAUCUCACAUUGGUAGAGGUCACAUUAGAAGGUGAACGGUUUACCGGCUAUACAUAAUUUCCCCCCUGAUCUUUCAGGUCUACAGAAUCAUUUGUAAAUGUGUGAAAAGAAGUGUGCAAGUUUAAAACAAAAACAAGCUUUUGGUUAUGGGUGUAUUUCUAAAUCCAUCUGUUUAUGUGUGUACGACAUUUCAUUAUUUCCCAUGGUUUAGGUAGGACUUAUCCUUCACAAUCGACCACUAUUUUGUCACAAAUAUUUACAUGUUCAUUUGACUAGUUUAUUAAAUCAUGGCAUGUAAGGGAUAAGUUAUUAUUGAGUAUUCAACUGCUGUUCAGAAAUAGUUUCCUUUUUGUAUUGAUUUCUUUGGCUGGCAGAUUUGGGACAAAUGGCCUGCAAGGAGAGCGAGUCAAGAAUGUGAAUGAGGUGUGUGAGGAUAUAAAACAGAGCGGCUCAUUUCAAUAAAAGUCAAAAUUUGAGAAUGUAUUUAAAUAAAAUAUUAAUGUUACCUUAUAUUUGGCUUUGGAUUUUUUUUUUUACAAUAGGAAAUAACGUAAGGCUAAGAUCAUGUAGUUGUAGGCUUCUGUUAUUUAUUUGCAGAACAGUUAAAAGUUAGUGAAAAAUAUUGAAAAUUGUGUAUAGUUCUAAAUAAAACAAAGCUGUUAUAGUAAAAGCAAACAAAAGGAACAGACUUUUUAAACUCGGAUCUCUGUAAAUUGUAAAUAAUCACAUUUUAGCAAUGUAUUUUAUAACCAAAAAAAAUAUUUUAAAUAUAGAUUGGAAUAAUCUAGACAACUAUUUCAAAAUUAUUGUUAAAUGACAAAGAACUAACAAUAAAGGAAAAUGUUAACUGAAAUACUGAUUUUUAUUAAGCGGCAAGGCAAUAUUUUCAUUGCAUAGUUGUCGUAAAAAAAUAUUGAUACCCGGGUAUAUUUAAGGUCAUUUUGCGUACCGGUACAUACAUGUUUACUAUUCCGAAGAACGAAUACAAUUUAAGUGAUGUAAACUGCUUUUGAGUAUUUCAUUAUUAAAAGUAUUGAAAAAUUAAUAAAAAUGAAAAAAGUACAUCACAAUUACAUUUUUACACUCUUUGUUCAGUAUGUUAAACUUGUUUAAUAAAGUGAAUCCAUUUCUUUUACCAAAGUUUUUUUUUAAAAAAAAGCUCACCAUGUUAAUAGCUCCUGAUCCCCAGCAAAAAUAUAUUUUGUUUCGGGCUAAUUAAUUUUUUUUCUGCCAACCCUAAAAAAAUUUCUGAAAACAAACAUGAUACAGUACCCAUACCAAACUUGGGCACAACUUAAAUCUGGAUAUUGCUCUUUCUAAUUUUGUUUGAUCAGGGGUAGAUUUUAAUAUAAAUCACUUUUUGCAGCUUCUUAAUUAAGUCAAGCCAUUUAUAUGAAAACUUUGGGCAUGGCAGGUUUUCAGAUAGAUGUAAGCCUUGCCAAAUUUAACAAAAAAAGAUACUAUAAAAGGAAAAGUAAUAUCAAAAGUAGUUAAUUUCUUUGCAACCAUUAAUAGAAACUUGGUUAAUAUUAACUCAUUGCAUUGUCAUCUAUUUAUAAUAAAUAUUUCAAAAAACAAAUGUAUAAGUUUACAUAUAUAUUGAGAUUCCAU